UGAGAUUGCUUUACUAAGAACGCUUUUAUCUGCUGUUAUAUAUUUUUCAUAACCGUAAUUAAUGAAAAAAAUCGUGUUUCUAAAAUUAUUAGCAUUUAGACAUUACCAUUGCAAAACAUGUAAAGGCGCACGUAUUCAUUGUUAAAUUGGAAAGUACCAAAAUGAUUUAUAUGGAUCAUUGUUGGAUACCGCAAUCAUGAUGAGCAAUGCAACAGUGAUGACUGGUAGCACGGAUGACGGUAGAGCCAAGCCGUCAUUUGGCUGGUUAUUUUCAACCAUCACUGCACUCGGAUUACUUCUAUUCCUGGCAGUGUCGUUUGCGUUCUAUCACCGGCGUCUGAUGGUGAGAAGGAAGAAGGAAGCAGAAUAUAACAGAUUUUUCAGAUUUUUGCGACCUGACUUAGACAUGUUUGAUAAGAAGAUUACAAGAGCUAGGUCAAUUCUAACGAACACACAUAGCGUAGAUUCGUCGUUUAUGACUGCCGAUUCAGAAAAUUACAACGAAGGUUUAGGAGAAGAAGACGAUGCUCAGUCUUUCAUAAUUGAUAGCGGAAAUGACAACGAAAAUAAACCGAAGAUAUCUUACGCUGAUUGGGCUGAGAAAAGUCAAGAUGAUACUUUAGAAAAGAACGACCAUGAUAUAUACUGUCAAUCUAUAGUAGCAAGGAAACAGGUAUUACUCGCAGAUGUGCUUGCAGAUGUCAUAUUUAAACAGUCCGACAAAGAAAGAGUAGAUACAAUUGAAAACAUUAAAACUGCUAAGAGAAAAGAUACCGUUGAUUUCGAACAUCACACUGUCCCACAGACAUAUUGGAAUAAUAAACCUAUCCGACAGAAUCAGCAAAAUACUGUUUCUCAAGGACACUCAAUGGUAAAGCAUUGUGCGGACAUAAACAACGACCUUUCCAUGAUGUUGAAAAAGAAACCGUUUUUAAAAACACUGAAACGUAAGAAAAAUAAACGUGGUUUAUUAAGUGAUACUUUUAAGAAAAGCGCAACAUCUCUAGAUGAGGAAAGUAUACAUACAUCUUUGUUCUACAGUGAGCUAAGGAGAUGCAGUGAGCCUUCUCUUUUUCUAUAUAAUGACGAGGCGGCUGAUCCUGAAAACUCUAAAUAUUAUGAUAAUCAGAAUCAUAUAUCAUUAAAUCCAUAUUACACUGACGUCAGUAUGCCAAUGACCAAAGCUAAAACACGACGACAUAAUACUUCCAAAGAUGAAAAUAAAAUUGAUGUUUUGAAAAUUGAUCAUGUAAACAAUGAAAUGUCCUUGCCGUCGGAUGAAGAAAAACAAGUACCAGCUAGCACAUGGAUGUGAGUCUGGACCUGGCGAAAAUAAUGAUGAUAUCAAUCUCUACAUAUAUCAGUGUGUAUGUUCGGAGAAAGAAUAUGCUCACAAACUUACCAUAUAAGUUACACUCAAAAGUGU